UUAUCUAGCGGAAGUGAACUGAAUAGCUUUUGCAUUCACACCGUAAGUAAGGCAGGAUAUAACUUUUUGUAUUUUUUUUUCCAAUUCUUCAACAUAUUGCAGAGCGACACAGAAGAUGGAAAUACAGAAGGAAAUGAAAAAGAUGACUCUUGGACAUGAAAUUGGAGCUGGAGCAAUGUGUUUGAAAUGCAAGGACAAAUGUGAAGGAUUUGAGUUGCACUUCUGGAGGAAAAUUUGUCGCAAUUGUAAAUGCAGCCUUGAAGACCAUGAUGUGCAGAUGAAUACAGCUGAAAGCAAGAAAGUGGGCAAGCUGUUUGAGGACACCAAGUAUACUGGUCUCAUAGCCAAACUGAAGACUGAUGGUUUUCCUGCUUAUAAAGGCAAUACGAUCACCCUUCCAGUUGCAGGACAAGUCAGAGAUGUUGGGAAAACGGUCACCUUGGAGUGGGCACCACCAGUUGCAAAUCAACACCUGGUAGCAAGGUACAUGGAGCUGUUACCGCCUGAGAAGCGGCCAGUUGCUGGUACUCAAGGUGCUGAGUAUCGCAAGCAUCAGAUGGCCAAACAGCUACCUGAGCAUGACCAGGAUCCCUCACGCUGCCAUGAACUCACACCAGGGGAGGUUAAGCUCAUGCAGCAAUAUGUGCGCAAGUGCAAGGAUGAGGCUCUUGGUGUAGGAGACCUCAAACUGCCUGAGGAUGUAGUUGGGGGGGUGACACAGUCAGGAACUGAUUUGAAAGAUGCAACCAGAUCUGAGUCAGGGCCAGAACAGGCUCAUAAAGGGACCAUCUCUACAACUGGAUCAGCCGGUGCCCAAGGAAGUUCAGGCAAAGGAUCCAUGGGAUCCAUCUAUUGUUGCAACCAGUGCCACCAGCAAAUGAAAGAAGGUGAGCCAGCAGUAUAUGCAGACCGUGCAGGCUAUGAUAAGCUCUGGCAUCCAGCAUGCUUUGUAUGCUGUGUCUGCACUGAGCUGUUGGUGGACAUGAUUUACUUCUGGAAGAAGGGCAAGCUGUACUGUGGUCGGCACUAUGGAGAAAGUGAAAAACCCCGGUGUGGAGGCUGUGAUGAGCUAAUCUUCAGUAAUGAGUACACCCAAGCAGAGGGCCAAAACUGGCACUUGAAGCACUUCUGUUGCUUUGACUGUGACUGUGUACUGGCUGGGGAAACAUAUGUAAUGGAGAAGGAUCAUCCUGUCUGCAAGGCCUGCUACAUGAAGAACUAUGCUAUGAUCUGUGUGGCUUGUAAACUCCCCAUUGAACCUGAGGCACAGCGUGUGUCCUAUGGAGAGAGCCACUGGCAUGCUGAACCAAAGUGCUUCCAAUGUUCCUGUUGUUCCAAAUGUCUUAUUGGUCAACGCUUCAUGGCUAUGAAAAACAUGCUCUUCUGCUCUGUGGAGUGCAAGAAAACUCUUCACUAGACCACCCCUGUCACAAAGUCUGCCAUCUUAAGAACUAUGGGCAUUGAUACUGGUCAUAUGACUGUGGCCUUUGUGCUUAUCCUACUGAAUACUGUACCUGUGUUUGGUUAAUGGCUGUUUCAACUAGUGCAGUGCCUGAUAGCAUAUCUAUCACAUAGUUAUGCAAUUAAAGUUAUUUGCAGUCUUUUGUGUUAUUUUAAUCUUGUUAUAUUGAAGCUAUGAAAUAUCAAUUUUAUACUAAGAUAUUAUGGAUACCUAAUAACCUGUUCAAGGAUUUAGGCAGGCAGUUCAAGCAGUAUCGUUUUCCUUUCCAUUCUAUCCAAGUUGAAUUGUAAUAGAAAGAUAGAAAGGCUAUGUGCAGCCUGUGCUGGAAUAUGCUGGCCCUAUAUGGAACUGUUCAGUGACCACAUCACAAAAAAGGUAUUAGAAAGUAUCCGGAAACGAACUUCUAAAAUCAUCCUUGGUCUUGGUCUUGAGGUACUGGGCUGGGCUUUGCCAACAAGCUGCUGAAGCCCAGCUAGAGACUGGCUACCUCCUCUUCAAGAAACACUCACAGAUCGAAUAACAAGAAAUUCAAACAAACUGUCCAUUCCUAGAUGCAGAGCUGAGAUAUACAGAAAAUUACCAGUCCUAUACAUUUAUAUGUGGACUCUUGAGUGACAACAGAUUGUAGAUGUCACCUAUUUGACAUAUUUUAGCCUAUGUUUGAUGCUUUAAAGAUAUGUUUCUUUAUUGUAACAUCACCAAUAUUUCAGUGUUUAUGAUGACAGUUGCUUGUAUGUUGUCUUUAUGAACCUGCAAUAAGGCUGAAACUCCAUAAACAACAAUAUGGUAUCUA